AUGGACUCGCCAAAAGAGAACGGAGAAGAUGCCUUAUCAACAUCAACGAGAUCAUUCGCCCCGCUGCUUGUCGAAGACAGAAAACCACUCAAGGAAGCCACGCAAUUCAAGUUGACCAAGUUUCGGCAGCGGUUGUGGGAUAGGAGGCAAUGGAAGAAGGCGUCGCUGACUACAUGGGAAGAUUUUCGCCAGCGACUAUGGGAUCGCAGGCAGUGGAUAGAGGCUUUCGUUUCUGCGUUUCGAGACAUUCGAGCUGUCCACUGGUACGCGGUCCUAGCAUGGAUAUUGGCUCUGACGUGGAUCGGAGGACUCUGCACCGUGCUGGCGUUCAUCAGCAACGCAGAGCUAUAUGGCGACUCCGCCUGUAAACCGGACGGCAGUUUCGACGUGGAGAUGAACCAGUAUAACCUUUGGUCUUCCUCUGGAUUCUUUCAGAUCACCCUGGCAUGGGGCAGGUUUUCCUUUGCGGAUGCCAAAGUGAUUGACGUCGCUUGGGAUGUGAUCUUCGGUCGAGGAGGGCAGGCUCUGCUGACGUGGAUCACUUGGAGAGUUUUUGCCGACUACACGACGACCUCAAUACAAGUGAAGCCCGUGACGUACGACUUUUUCCGCAACAUAUUCCUCCAGGACCAACCAAACUUUUGGUCAACGUGGCACAUGAUACGAGACUUUGCUCGUUCACGAGGGCUCAGAUCCAAACUAAUGAUGGUUAUCAUGGCCUUGGUCACCAUCUUCAUCCUAUGCUUCCCUACCCUGGGCAGUGCAAUGACGGGCUACGUAGCGAACAAUGACGCAUAUGUUCAGGGUUCCAACGGCAUGUUGAUACCCUUUGAUGGCUUCGAGGUCGUUGGAUAUGUAAUCCACGAUGGCUGGAGGAUCGGUAUGGAGGGCAACACCACCCUCACUUUCCCUGGUCACUCUAGUUCCAACACUUACAGUGGUGCAAGCUCAUGGGCACGCCUUCUCGGUUGUAUAGAGGAUGAUAAGAGCUACUCUGACUACUCUACUACCUGGUGGAACUUUGACGAGUCUACACCAAAAACCCAGAGAUGUUCGUUGCAUCGAAACGUUUCAAACUAUGUACAAGAGUACGGAUUCUACGGGUUGAAAAACGAGAGCACCACUUGGAUGAACGAGACUAUGCCAGCUCCGGCCCUCAACAUAUCGGCUUCCGGUCUUCCUUCAUACAGGAACCUGCUGUACGGUUGGAACUGGACAGAUCCUCGCACGGGCUUGAUGCCCUUCCAAGACGAAAAGAACUUGACGUACACUGCCGGGAACGAGACCUACUCCAAGGAAUACAUGAAGGCGUACGGGAGUUGCCAGCCAAUGAGCGAUCACGGACUCGGCGCCGAUGCCGGGCGAGAGAGCUACCAAUGGGGCUUCUCCUACCUGCAACUUUACAUUCUCGUCCUCUUGCUCGUGCUGUGGACGUUGAGUCUUGCUUACAUGUGGUUAAAGGCGCGAUUGACGAUGAGGAUGCGUCGGCGGUACGACGUGCCGAGGGGCUAUAAGGGCGUCUUGGAGCUGUCGGGAGCCAUACGCAAGGAGCUGCAGGAGACCGACCCGGACGAGCUCUCUCACGACCAGCUUUCGGAAGAAAUCAACAAAAGCCUAAAGGGCGGAAGAAUUCAGUUAGAGUUGGCAGACUCGCCUGCCACAUAUGGCAUCUGGAGGGCGAUUUGGAUAUGGUCCAAGGAGGAAAAGUGGUGGAUAGGUCCCGUCUUGUUGAUGUUGGCGCCAUCGGUGCCGCUCAUAGUCACUAACAAUUCGUUUAGAUAG